CUGGGCCGGCCUCGGGUGCAGUGAGAGUCUCGGGGGAGGAAGGCAGGGCGGCUGGGCCCCUCCCACUCAGCCUUUUCUCGCGUGUCCUGACCCGGGGACCGGCAGUAAGCCCCGGGCCACCGGCGACGGCGGCUAGCUAAGGAAGAGGCAGCGUCCACGAGGACCGGGGCUGACCCGCCGGCGCGGCGCCAUGCGAGUGCUCACAGGCCUGCUGGGGCCCCCGGCGCCCCGAGCGCCCCCGUCGCGGCCGCUCCUCCUCCUGUGCCUCAUAGCUGCGGCGCGCUGGAGCUUGGUGGACGGCGAUCCCCCAGAUUCAGCUUUUACAAGUCUACCUGUUCAAGAAGAAAUGAUGGCAAAAUAUUCCAACCUGUCCUUGGAGAGUCAUAGCAUAUCUCUGACCGGACAGUCCAGUAUGCCAGUGGAAAAAAAUAUCACAUUAGAAAGGCCUUCUAAUAUGGAGCUCACGUGCCACUUCACAACAUCUGAGGAUUUGAAUUCAAUAAAUGUUACUUGGAAAAAAGGUGAUGAGCUACUUGAGAAGAAUAAUUAUCUCAUUAAUGCAUCAGGAAACACCCUGUAUACCCAAUACACGUUUACCAUCAUUAAUAGCAAACAAAUGGGAAGUUAUUCCUGUUUCUUUGAAGAGGAAAAGAAACAAAGGGGAACAUUUAAUAUCAAAGUUCCUGAGCUUCACAGAAAACACAAGCCAUUGAUCACGUAUGUGGGGGAUUCUACUGUCCUGGUGUGUAAAUGUGAGAAUUGUUUUCCUAUAAAUUGGACCUGGUACAGUAGUAAUGGGAGUGUACAGGUUCCUGUUGACGUUCACAUGAAUGAUAAAUAUGUUAUCAAUGGAACACACGCUAAUGAAACAAGGCUCAAGAUAAUGCAUCUUUCAGAGGAAGAUGGCGGAUCCUACUGGUGCCAUGCAAUAUUUCAGCUGGGUGAAAGUGAGGAACACCUUGAACUUGUUGUGCUGAGCUUUUUGGUGCCCCUCAAGCCCUUUCUUGCAAUCAUUGCUGAAGUUGUUCUUUUAGUGGCUAUUAUUCUGCUUUGUGAAAUGUACACGCAAAAGAAAAAGAAGCACCCAGAGGAAGGAAAAGAAUUUGAACAAAUUGAACAGCUGAAAUCAGAUGAUAGCAAUGGUAUAGAAAAUAACGCCCCAAGACACAGAAAAAAUGAAUCUGGGAACCAAUAAAUGGACAGAUCACGUCAAGGGUCAUGGGAGAAUGUGUGAAGAGUUUGUAUUUCAUCUUGGUUUAUCCUUCCUUUUAAGAGCAUCAGAGUUUUUAUUUUUUUAAAAGAUAAAAAGUUUUUGCGACACACAAAGUAGUAGCUUCAUAAAUAAAAUAUGCUAUCUCAGA